AUGUCGAAUCUACAUGCCCGGGAUGGCGUUUCGACUGUCCAACCACCUCUUUCACAGGCAGUUGGCUAUGUCGUUGUCGUUGUUAUUGGCGUGAUUAUUGCUCUAGUGAUGAUGCUCAUCACAAAGGUUUUGAAGAAAACCACCGGAGAGGACAAUGAAAAGACAGAAAUGUUCAUGACAGCAAACCGUACUGUCCGCACAGGUCUAACGGCAUCAGCCGUGAUAUCAUCUUGGCUUUGGUCAACAGCUUUACUCGGCUCAUCGUUUGUCGGCUAUGACUACGGCGUGGCAGGUCCAUUCUGGUUUGCAGCUGGCUGCAGUCCGAUGAUUGUGUUCUUUGCGUUGUUGGGAAUAUCAUGCAAGCGAAAGAUCCCGGAAGCACAUACUUCACUGGAAGUUGUUCGGAUUCGAUACGGACAUGUGGCACAUGUUGUCUUCAUGAUUCUCUGUCUGGUGAACAAUAUCUUCGCGUGUGCCAAUAUGCUUCUCGGUGCCGCUGCAGUUAUCACUGCUGUCACUGGAAUGCAUAUUAUUGCCGCAACCUUCCUAUUGCCAGUUGGAGUGACGCUCUACACAUUUGUUGGUGGCAUCAAAGCAACAUUCCUUACAGAUUACUUCCACACGGCUAUUAUUAUGAUUAUUGCAUGCUACUUCACUGUCAAAGCUUUCUCAACUGAUCAGAUUGGCUCUGUGGGUGAUCUAUUCGAACUCGUCCAAGCAGCAGCGCAACAGCACCCAGUCUCUGGCAACCAAGAUGGGACAUAUCUGACAAUGACAUCAAAGGGUGCAAUCCUUUUCGGAAUCCUUCACACUCUUGGAAACUUCGGUUUGGUUAUUAUGGACACAAGCUACUUUAUCAAAGCCUUUUCCGCCUCCCCAGCAGCAGUAGUACCCGGCUAUACAAUCGGUGGCAUCGCCUACUUCGCCAUACCAUGGGGUCUAGGAACAGUAAUGAGCUCCGUUGCCCUAGGACUCGAGAAUAGUCCAACCUUCCCCACAUUCCCAAGGAGAAUGACAUCUACAGAAGUCGGAAAUGGUCUCGUCCUUCCAUACGCGGCAAUCACUAUCGCUGGUAAAGGCGGCGCAGCAGCAGUCCUCAUUAUAACCUUCAUGGCAUGCACAUCAACUCUCUCCGCACAGGUCAUCGCCGUCAGCUCAAUUCUCAGUUUCGAUGUCUACCGCGAGUACUUCAAUAAGAAGGCUACAGAUUACGAUCUGAUCCGCGCAAGUCACUUUGGUGUGAUUUUCUUCGCUGUUUUCUCUGCUGCUUUUAGUACUAUGCUUCACUACGUGGGUAUUAAUCUAGGCUGGACAUUGUAUAUGCUUGGUGUGGUUACAUGUCCCGGAAUCUUCCCAAUGAUCUUUACAAUCCUCUGGCGUCGCCAAAGUAAAGCAGCCGCAAUCCUCUCCCCGGUCCUAGGUCUUGCCACUGGUAUGGCCGUCUGGCUUGGGACUGCAUCGCACUUUAGCAAUGAAGUUUCCGUCGCGUCGACGGGACAAGUUCUUCCCUGUCUCUAUGGAACAGUCGCUUCUUGCAUGUCGCCCAUUGUAUACUCAGUUGUGAUUACACUUGUCCGGCCGCAGAAUUAUAACUGGGAUGAUUUCAAGAAGGUCAAGUUGUCACUUGAGAAAUUGGAUAGUGAUUCGACGACUCCUUCUGGUGGAGAUGGCAGUGGUGAGGACGGGGGCAGGAGUGCCGAUGAUCAGAAAGAGCUGAAGCGCUGGGGUCGUAUUGCGGCGUUUUGGGCUGUGGCGACCUUUUUGGGUCAUUGGGUUAUUUGGCCGUUGCCUAUGUAUGGAUCUGGUUAUAUCUUUGGGAAGAAGUUCUAUAUUGCCUGGGUCGUCGUCGCUAUCAUCUGGCUCUGGCUCAGUAUGCUGGUUGCUAUCUUCUACCCCAUCUUUGAUGGUGGUAUUCAGCAGAUUCGUGAUGUUUAUCGCGGGCUGAGAGGUCAAAACAUUGUCGAGGGUGCUCGGAGUAGAGAUAGCAAAGGAGAAAGCAGCUCUCCCUCUGUUGGGUCUAUCAGUGAUGUCACGCAUACAGGAGAUUCUCAAGAGAUCAAGUCUUGA